UGUCUGUUUCCUUUGGAGUAAGAAGGCCGCUGGCUUGUAUUGGCCUCAGCGAUCAUGGGGAAGCUGGAUGUGGUGAUGCUUCGGUACCUCUCCAGGGAUCACUUUAGAGUCCUGACAGCGGUGGAAAUGGGCAUGAAGAACCAUGAAAUAGUUCCUGCUAGCUUAAUUGCUUCUAUUGCCAGCCUUAAACACGGUGGCUGUAAUAAGAUUUUGAGAGAGUUGGUGAAGCACAAACUUCUAGCUUAUGAACGAACUAAAACUGUCCAGGGUUAUCGGUUAACUAAUGCAGGAUAUGAUUACCUUGCUUUGAAAACUCUGUCUUCCCGACAAGUCAUAAAUUCUGUGGGAAACCAGAUGGGAGUUGGCAAAGAAUCAGAUAUUUAUAUUGUUGCAAAUGAAGAGGAGCAACAGUUUGCAUUGAAGUUGCACAGGCUUGGAAGAACUUCCUUUCGCAGUCUGAAAAAUAAACGUGACUACCACAAGCACAGGCAUAAAAUGUCAUGGCUGUAUUUAUCCCGGCUAGCAGCAAUGAAAGAGUUCGCCUAUAUGAAGGCUUUGCAUGACAGAAAAUUUCCUGUCCCAAAACCUGUAGACUUCAACAGGCAUGCAGUUGUUAUGGAACUUAUUGAUGGCUAUCCUUUGUGUCAAGUGCACCAAUUGGAAGAUCCUUCAUCCGUCUACAGUGAAUUAAUGGAUCUGAUUGUAAAACUCGCCAGUCACGGCUUGAUCCAUGGUGAUUUCAAUGAAUUUAAUCUCAUACUGGAUAAUGAAGACCAUGUCACUAUGAUUGAUUUCCCUCAGAUGAUAUCAACAUCACAUGCAAAUGCUGAAUGGUAUUUUGACAGAGAUGUGAACUGUAUUAAGGAGUUCUUUAGGAAGCGCUUCAGCUAUGAGAGUGAGCUCUUCCCAUCAUUCAAAGACAUCAGGAGAGAGUGUUCUCUUGACAGAGAGAUUGCUGCCAGUGGCUGUGCAAAAGAAAUGGAGGAAGAUGCUGAACUGUUUUACCUACCAAGUUCUGAUGAGGAUGAUGGUACAACAGAGUUACCAGAAUUUGUAGAAGAUGCUGAGAAUAAGUUCACCUCCUUCAACAAAGAGAAGGAAAACAGUGCAGACUUUGUAGAAGAAGUAGGUGAUUUCUCUGAAAGCAGAACCUGUAACAGCUUCAUGUGUAGCAAUGAAGAAGCCAAUUGGAGUGACAGUAGUAAAAAUACACAAAGACUGAAUAUGUCGAAGUUGAGUUCAGCCUUAGAAAAAGUUGAAGAGGAAGCUGUGCUUUGGAAGUCCGGUGAAGAUGCAGAGAGUUCUACAAUUUCUUUUUCUAAGGGCAAAAACAUAACUGAAAGUGCUGCUGAAACUGAUAAUCAGACAGAACAAGGAGAGUGCUGUAAUAAGGAGGAUGAAGACAAAUGCCCUGAUCUGAUUGACUUAUCAACUUUAAAUGAGAAAUUCAGUAAUUACAGAACUAAAGAUGGUAUCGUUCACAUUGCUGAGCACAGAACAAGGACUAAAAGCGUCACAUCAGUCAGAAGUGUUGGGAGCUGUUCAACCAUUCCAGCGGAAUUGGUGAAACAGAAGGUAAAACAUCAACUUACCAAACAUCAAAAAUCUGCUCUGAGGCGGCGGCUGCAAAAAGGAGAGGCAAAUAUUUAUACCAAACAACGUCGAGAAAAUAUGCACAACAUCAAGUCAAGCUUGGAUGCAGCUAGUUUCUGGGGAUAAUGUAUUAAAGCUCCCAUAGAAUAUGAGCAAACUCAAAAUGUAUGUAGUUGAAAGAAUUAUGCCAAUAACCAGUAAUACUUCUAUAUGAUGCAGUAAUCUCUUUCUAUAUAACCAAAUAUUUUUCUGGAAGUUUGUAAACCUAAUUGUGGUUCCUGUGACUUUGGCAGGGGGAUUUCGUUUUGUGUUUGCCAUUAAAACUGUUGACCGCAAUUUAAAUUGUAUCAGGAGUACUGGCUGAGGUCAUUUAACUCUAGUAAUUUCCAACGCUAUCUUGUAAAUCAGCUGUAGUGUGUUUUCUUUGGUUCACUUGUGCAGUUAAGAGGGAGAGAAGGGGAAAAUUUUUAAACCAAAUUUGCAAUGAUGUGAAAUUUAAAUUUGAAAUGUUGCCUUGUUAUAAACACCUUUUAUUGUAUCCUCUCAAGCAGUUCACUGUCCUUGAACUGAGGAGCCCAGAACUGGACACAGUGUUCCAGAUGAGGUCUCACCAGGGCAGAGUUGUGGGAGAGGAGAACUUCCUUUGACCUGCUUGCCACACUCUUC